CUUAAAGAUUUUUUUUUUUUCUCGCUAACGAAAGUGAACGACUUUCUGUUUUGACUUGUGUCAAUGAUUAAAAUUUAAUUAAUCUUUUUAAUUUGAUUAUUAAACUCAUCUACAAUGGCAGGGAUUAAAGGUUACAAAUAUAAAUUUUUUUGUUAUUAUAAAAUUGGCUAAUCUGUUAAUUUUUUUCGAUAAUAUCUUUUGACAAUUUGGGUUAUUGGUUUUAAGAUUUGUCAAAAUCAUAAUAAUAUUAAUUUGUUUUUGUAUUAAUAAAUAUACAUAACCUCGUUAUUGUUGAGAUUUUAAUGAUUAAUCAUUAUUAUAUUUUAAUUUAAUAUCAAAACAAUUAUUUAUUAUCUUAUAUUUGUUUAUUGUUUUUGUUUUUUGUUGAUAACAAAACGAGAUAACUCUGUCAUUGAAUUUUAAAAAUUUUAUACUAUCCAAUUGUUAUUAAUAAUGAAAAGUAUGUUUUUAAUAUUAUUAUUAUAAUAAUUAACUAAUAAUUUAUUUUUAUUUUCAUGUAUUUUGUGAUGAAUUUUUCUCGAUACAACAGCGUUGGGUGCAUUGGCCCUCGCAGCAACAAUAGGAAUGACAUUUGUUAUUUUAGGAUGUGCACUUUCAGCAUACCAAGUAUGGUGGCCAAUCCUUGUUGUUGUAUUUUAUUUAUUGGCACCACUUCCAACAAUGAUUGCACGUCGUUAUAAUGAUGAUUCUGGUAGCAAUAGUAAUCCAUGCUUGGAACUUGCAAUUUUCAUAACAAUGGGAAUUGUCAUAUCAUCAUUUGCAUUUCCAAUUGUUUUGGCACGUUCACCACCAGAAAAUGGAACAAUCGCAUGGGGAGCUUGUUUUCUAACGUUAAUUGGUAACUCUGUUGUCUACUUGACACUUGUUGGUUUCUUUAUGACAAUUGAUCAUGAUGAUGCUGAUUACAGCAUGUGGUAAACAUCUUCAAAUUUAAUGUACUUACUUUUUUCAAUGGUAAAGUAUAAAUAUCCAUCAAAAAAUAUUCAAAUAGAUUAUAAAAAAAAAAAGUAAGAAAAUCAUUAAAUUUAGCCAC